AUGAAGUUCACCCUGGUCUCCGCUCUUUUCCUGGCCACUGCUGCCAUGGCUGCCCCUGAUGGCAUUGACGUGAACUCCAUUGUCUCAGAUGCCGAGGGCAUUGCCUCAACCGCUGUCAGCGGCGGUGAGUCCAUUGGCUCCGACGUCGCCGACAAGGCCACCUCAAUCUACGAGGCUGCCAGCACCGGCGGCGCUGCUAUCGUCUCCUCCCUCCGCAGCGAUGCCUCCGAGGCCGCCUCCACUCUCACUGGCGAUGCCGCUUCCGUCGUCUCUUCCAUCACCAGCAAGGCCGACUCCAUUGCCUCCGAGGCUACCUCCCGGGCUGCUACCUGGGUCUCUGCUCACACUCUGACCGACUCUGAUGGCUCGGCCACCGCUACCCAGUCCACUACCCUCACCAGCCAGGUUACCGGUACCUCCACCAGCACUUCUACCGACUCUUCCAGCGCGUCGGCUUCUGGCUCUGCCAGCACCACUGACAACGGUGCCUUCGCUCGCCCAACUGCCGUCGGUGCCGCCGCUGCCGGUAUGGCCGGUGUCCUCGGUAUCAUGGUUGCCCUGUAA